GCGUCCUUAUUUGGUUCAUACAAUCGUUGCUGUUCAUGAAGUUUUACUGGCCAUACUGGGUUUUCAUGAAUCAAAAGUCACUCAUUUUGUAUUCACGGGAUUAAACGCUUCUGCCAAAUGAUGAAUACGAGAGUAGGGAGUGAUCUCUUGAGUCUCAGUGGAUCUUACAUGAAUCAUUAUGAUCAUGAAGAGAGUGAAGAUGAGAGUCCAAAGACAGCAGGUGUGAUAGCUGAUUGGGGAGUGAUCAACCGUCGGCUGAGACAACACGGUUAUCAGCCUGUCAUGGUGUUUCCAUCUGGUUUAGGGCGACAAAACCAUGGAGGUGUUGCAUUAGAGGAGCUUUCAUCCAAGAAUUUACAGAACACCUUGGACAAGUUGAUGACUGAGAGUGAGCGAAGGCAGUCAAUGGUGCAGGAACUAAUCAGCUCUUCAACGAGAAUUCAGAGAGAUGCUGUUGAAGAAAGGGAAAGGGUUUACCGUCAUGUAAUGGAGAUCAGGAAUCUAAAACGAGAACUGGAAGAAGAAAAGCUUAAAGUUCAGGAAAUGGAGGGAGUGCGAUUGAUAGAACUUCAACGUCAUGGACAAGAAGUACAAGAACUAAAAAGAACCAAAACUGAACUUGUGGCUUUGCAGAUGCAGUUACAACAGAAAGUGUCUCAAAGGGAAGAGGAAAUCAAAAGACUACAGCAGAAAUGUCAACGUCUCAAUAGUGUGGACAUUGAAAGACUUGACAAAGAAAGUGAUAUUUGGAAACACUCAUGGAAACAAUCAGCUUACAAUAGAAGUGUACCAGAUCAAAAGUUUUUGGAUAUGAUUGACAGCUACGAAUCAAAGAUCUUUGAAAUGCAACAGGAACUUAAAAAGUUGAAAAAAGAAAUAGAUAGUAAGACUCUGUCUCAUGUUGGAGGUCAAAGCCCUACUGAAAGUGAGUUGACUGCAAGCAGUGAAGUAACUCCAUCAACAGAGAAGCAGCUCAAAGAGUGUAAGAUGUUGAUCAAACUUCUUGAGAGUGAAAACACCCAACUGAAACUUGAGCUGGAAUCCAGACCUGAAGUCAACGAUUGGAAGAAAGCGCAAAAAUACAAUAAACAACUGGAAAGACUUCUAGCUCAAAAUAACCUCAGUCCACCUCACAGAAAACACAGGGAAGGAAGGACCAAAAUGGACAGUGUGGCUGCUCUGAAAAAAAGAUACAGCAAACAUGUAGAAGAUCUUGAUUUUAUGCCCAUUGAUGCUUGCCGAAAACAUUUGAAGGAAGUGUGUUCUGAGCUAAGAGUCACUGACCUAAGAGAUAUUCCAGAGAAAAUAAACUCACUGAAUAUCAUUGCAGAGAAUCAUUUACCUAUGGAAAAGAUCAUGCAAGACAUUGUGGAUGUUAUUAACUCAAAGGAUACCCCUAAGUUAUCAGAUGAACUUCUGCCCCAGAACAGUGUUGUACACGAAUCCCAUUGUGAAAAAGCAUGGCAGUAUAUUGUUCCAACUCUGAACCUCUGGUUUACUCAACUAACAGGACUUCAAGAUCUUCUGGGACCAAUCAAUCAACUGUCAUUUAACUUGAUGCCAUGGAAAUCAAAAUCCCUGCUUGAGGAAGACAAUGGCAGAGCUUUAACAUUACAGAGAAUCAAAGACGCACUCGAUUUUCUUUGCCUUGAAACCCGAGUCAGCCCAAGUGAAAUACAGACUGACACUGCAGAAGAAAUAUCACUGGAUCAUCUAAAAAGCAUUGUUGCUCACUUUCAGAAACUGUUUGACAUAAAAACUGUCAGUGGAGUAUUUACACGAAUGAAUGAGCUUUAUAUACGACUUGGAGAGGCAUGCAAUGCAAUGAAUAAUAUGCGAGAGUUUCUUGGAUUAGAGCCAACUUGUAAAGCUUCUGAUGUAGUGAAUGCAGUUUCUAAACUGAGUAAGGCAAAACAUCUCUUGAAAGUUGACGACUUGCCUGGCAUAAUGAACCGCUUGGAUCAGUAUGAUGAGUUCUACCCAGCUUUCCAAUCAAUGAUUUCCGAAUUGAAGAAGCUGUUAAGAGUUCAAGACAUGGAUGAAAUUGUAACAGCCGUGACAGCGCUCUUCAAGUUUCCACCUUAUUGACUUUACCAAGUUUUACUUACAACUCUUUUAUGUUUAAAACAGUAUUAAUUCCUGAGCAGAUGCCAAAGCUGCAUGUUACCCAUAUUACUCUGUUUUAACUGUCUUGUGUUGAUUUUCACUCAAUAAACUGUUUAGGCCAGGACCCAAACCGCCAGAUAUAGUGGGCUUCCUUUUAAUUUCAGGUAUACAAACUAUGUUAAUCAUAUCGCAUCAUAAGAAUUUGAAUUUUUUUUUGAUAAACCACACAUUUUUGUACGUUUUUCAUUGCUUAUUGGAAAUCAGCCAAUAACCCUCUCAACUCCACUGUAGUCUUUCCACUUCCUCUGCCUGCCUUUCUGUUGUCCUUUGAGCACCCAGUGAAAAGCAGGACAGCAGAGCUGCAUUCGUACCUAGCUAGGAUGAUUCUUACCCUUUGAGUUGAGUCAUUUCAUACCCAUACUAAACCAAGUUAGCAUGCAAUAAUUUCAAAAAUAGGUCUGCACCUCAUAUAUUUAUUUAUUACAAAUUCACUCCACAAGAAUACACAAACAAUUAGUAUUAAUUACAAUUAAGGUUAAUAAAAACCAUAAAAGGAAAAAUUGUGGAGGAGACAACCAAAAGCACUGACGCACCAUACAAGGGAUGCCCCCUCUAAUU